AUGCCCAAAAUAGAGUCUGAACCUAACUCCCUCAUUCCAAUCUAUGGCUCACUUCCUGUGUCGUUCCGCUUCAUCAACCAAGAGGAGAUGGAAGCUUCCGUGAAGGAGUUCUUCGCAUCAAAAGGUCAAGAACUGGAAUCAGCCUGGAUCAAAGAACUGGAAGAAAGAUGGUUUCAGACGGUACAACACGAUGGCUUCUAUUUUGAACGGUGCAAGCGUUACCCAUGGAUAAAUUUUUGUUUGAAACGGAAUGCUCAUGAUGAAAUCAACUCAGAAUCUGAUACAGAGACAGAAGAGAUUGUUCAGAAAAAUAAAUUAAGAAAAUACGACGUGGAGUAUAUUCGAUUUGGAUUCAUUGAAAGUGUGUCUAAUGCUAACAGACCACAGUGUUUACUUUGUCAUAAGCUGUUGUCGAAUGAAGCCUUGAAACCAGCUAAAUUACAGCGACAUUUAACAACACUACAUCCUCAAUUUGCCACAAACCCAAAAGAUUUUUUUGAAAGAAAAAAGGAUGCAUAUUUAAAAGAGACAAUAACUUUUAAAAUGUCAAUAACAUCAAAUUAUAAACUACUACGGGCAUCUUAUUUAGUGGCACUGAGAGUGGCUCGUGCUAAGAAGGCCCAUAAUAUUGCUGAAGAACUUGUAUUGCCCGGUGCAAUAGACAUAUGUGAGGCAGUUUUGGAUGGAAAAUGUGCUGCGAAAUUGAAAGCUGUGCCACUGUCAGACAACACAAUUGCGCGAAAACUAGAAGAUAUGUCAAAAUAUAUAAAAUCUCAGUUAAUUGACAGAGUGAAAACAAGCUUUUUUGCAUUACAACUUGAUGAAAGCACAGAUAUUACCAGUGUGUCUCAACUUAUGGUGUAUGUGCGAUAUUGUUGGGAAAGUGAAAUGCUUGAAGAUUUUCUAUCUUGCUAUCCUAUGCCCACUAGAACAACUGGGGAGGAAGUUUUCAAAGUAUUGGACUCUUUUCUUUUUCAAUCAGGCUUGUUAUGGAGCCGUUGUAUUGGCAUAUGUACAGAUGGGGUGGCAUCAAUGAUCGGUAUUCACUCGGGCGUUGUGGGAUAUAUUAAGAAAGUAGCACCUAACAUCACUGCAACGCAUUGCAUGAUUCAUCGAGAAGCUCUGGUUGCCAAAAAAAUGGAUGCUUCUUUGCCCGAAGUCUUGUCAUGUAUUAAAGUGAUAAAUUUCAUUAAAAAAAGACCACUGUAUAGUCGUUUCUUUGUAAUACUCUGUGGUGAGAUGGGGGAUGAACAUUCAAGUCUGUUGCUUCAUACAGAGGUAAGAUGA